GUCAUUCUUAAAAAAGUAUUUUGCGAUUUCGGUUCGUGUCAAUGUCUCCCGUUGGAAAUGGUUAUUCUUUAUAUGAAGAACAUUUUAAAAAACAUUUGAUAGAAUGUCUCAGUUAAAAAUUUUGUUGACAUCAUCAACAAAUAAGUAGAUUCGACAAAUAUAUAAAAAAAAUAAAUAAUCUUCAUAAUAGUGUCUUUCGUGUGUGUGUAAAUUAUUAGGGCAUACAAUUUUUGUUUUUUUUUUUUGGUUUUUUUUAACACAUGGGCACCAUGCGGUUUGAUCUGUAAUCUAAAAAGUACCACUGCUUAAGGGAAGCGGGAAUUAAUUAUACAAUACGUUUCUGGGCCAUUGUCCCUUGCGGUCGUAUAAGAUAUGGAAUAAUCCAACUACGUCCAUACAUCUUGUGUAACAAGUGAAAAAUCAAUUUUUUCGAUAAAUACGUAACCUGUAAGCGACUAGUUCGAGCAGCUAACCUUAAAACCAAAUUUAAGGCGCAAAACGGAGAUAAUUAGCAAGAUUUUAAUUUGCUGUACCCGAGAUCCCAGACCAAACCGUAAAUCUAAUUAAAAGUAAUCAAAUAUGACGGCAAGAACCGAAAGCAAAAAGGAGUCGGAAGAGAUGGUCACUAACGAGAACGGCAACGUCAAUCGCUGUGAAGAGGUCCAAGUUGAAAAUCCUCGAAAAAGCCUGAAGCUAAAAAAAAUGAGCAAUGGCCAAUUGGAAAAACGUGUCUAUAAAAUUGUUCUAACCGGAGGUCCUUGCGGAGGCAAAACGACUGGCCAAUCACGACUGUGCACAUUUUUUGAAAAUCUCGGAUGGAAGGUGUUCAGAGUACCUGAAACUGCUACUGUAUUACUCAGUGGUGGUGUCAAGUUUUCCGAUCUCACCGAAAAAGAAGCACCUCCGACACCAACAACUUUUACUUAUAAGAAUCUUCCUUUCGCCGCACCGGAACAUAGUCUUAUAGAUUUGACGGCAUCAUGUCCACGUUGUUUGGCUAACGCUGCCUCGAAACCAAACGGCAGCGAAGCUUACAAAUUUCAGGAAAACCUGAUACGUACAAUGAUUCAAAUCGAGAAUACAUACUUCGAAUUGGGCAAGUCAAGCAUGCGAAACUGCUUGAUAAUUUGCGAUCGCGGAGUUAUGGAUGCAAGUGCUUAUAUCUCAAAGGACAAGUGGGAGAAAAUGAUGUCUUCUAAUAAUUGGAAUGCUAUAGAAAUGCGAGACAAUCGUUACAAUCAAAUUUUGCACUUAGUGUCUGCCGCGAAUGGCGCUGAGGAAUUCUAUACAACAGAAAAAUUAAAAAAGUUAUUUAAGGAACACGCGUGCCGAUCAGAGGGUGUUGAUUUAGCACGUGAACUGGACUAUAAAUCUGCUGCGGCUUGGGUUGGCCAUCCAUAUUUCGAUGUCAUUGACAACUCCACUAAUUUCGAAACGAAAAUGAAUCGAUUAAUAGAAUCCGUUUGUCAAAAGGUCGGCAUUGACAUUGGUGAUCGUUUGUUGGCAACAUCCAGGAAAUUGAAAUUUUUGGUUGCCAACUUGCCGCCUGAUUCAGAAUUUCCACCUUUCCAAGAUUUCGAUGUGGAACAUCAAUAUUUGCAAUCAUCUGGACCUAAGGUACAGGCAAGGCUCCGUAAACGCGGCCAAAAUAAUCACUGGAGUUAUAUUCAUACAAUUCGUCGACCAAAUGUUCACGGGCAGUCUCGUAUAGAGGUCAAGACUCAACUAACUCAACGUGACUACAUAAAUUUGUUGGCUCAGCGUGAUGAUGCUCACUUUACUAUCUACAAGAAGCGUCGCUGCUUCUUAGUUAACAAUCAAUAUUUCCAACUGGACAUCUACAAAGAACCCAGCCACCCCAGGUGUAAAGGCUUAGUCCUUCUGGAGACAUACUCAUCCCUAUCGGGCGAAGCUUUACUCAAUUGUUUGCCAAAGUUUUUAAAUAUAGUAAAAGAAGUUACUGGCGACCCUGAUUACUCUAUGUUCAAUUUGUCAUUGAAAGAAGAUUGGAGCAUUACAAAAAAAUUUUGCCAUUCAUUGCAUGACGACUGUUCCGGAUACAAAUUAAAGCAGUCAAACGGAGUUACUAAUAAACAAUUGGUUCUGAAUGGGCAUGCAAAGGGCUAAUUUUAAAUACAUUAGCAAAGUGAACCUAACGAUAUUGAAACAAAACUACUAGAAAAUAUUAGACUAAAUCCGUUAUUUUAAAAUUAUCUUUAAAAGAGGCUCAAACGCUAUGCAAUGUACUUAAAACCACAGAAAGUCCAAAUAAAAUAGUUCCCACUUAUUCAUGAA